AUGGAUUUAUUAUUGGAAGAUUUAAGAGUAAAACAAACUGUAAAAAAGACAAAACAUGGGUUUCAAAAAGUUGGUAAUGAUGUCAAUUUAUCAGGUAUAGAGAAACUUAAAUUCAUCUCUUAUAAUGUUUGGUUUGAAAAACAUAAUUUCGAAGAAAGGAAUAUAGAGUUAAGAAAGAUAUUUCUAUAGUUUGAUCCUGAUUUUAUCUGCUUACAAGAAGUUACAUAAGAUUUUUUAUAACUUAUUUUCUCUGAUGAUUAAAUAUGUGAUAAAUACUACUUUUCUUCAUCUAGUUUAGUAUAAGCAUAUGAUGUUUUAAUUCUAUCAAAAUAUCCUAUUCCUUUUAAAUGUAGAUAUUUCCCUAGUGAAAUGGGAAGAAAUCUUUUAUUUGGAGUUAUCACAAUCAAUGAUAUCGAUAUUUCAAUUGGCACUACACAUUUAGAAAGUAUAGACUAUAAUGAUGACUAUAGACUAUGCCAGCUAACUGCAAUUGAAGAUUAAUUUAAAAGCUAUUAAGAAUCUAUAUUAAUGGGUGAUUUUAACUUUGCUAAAAAGAGUGAAGAUUAAAAUAUACCAGAAGGAUAUUAUGAUGUUUGGCAUGCAUUACAUCCAAAUGAAGAAGGACAUACAAUGCAAGCAAGUCAAUAGUACCCUUCUAUACGUUUUGACAGAAUAAUAUUAAAAUAGUCUGAAAAUUGGAAACCUUCACAUAUAGAGCUAAUAGGCAGAGAUCCUCUUCCUUCUUAUUAAAGCAAAUAGUUUGCCCCUUUUGAAAUAAUAACUCCAUCAGAUCACUAUGGGUUAUAUUUAGAAUUGAGUUUCAUAGGCAAAAAAAGUUGA